GAAAUUGCCCUUCCCUCGACUGAAAUCAGUGCCCGACCCAGAUCUGGGAAGGGAUUGAAAUUCCUCUCUCAUUCCUUGAAUUUCGAACCCCCAUCUCUAUCUGAUACGGAUUCGUCUCCAAUUGGAGUUUUCUCAGUCUUAUAGAUUACAUUACAAUUCUGUUUUGUGGUUUCGAAGUGUCGCUCAGCUUCGAAUAACACUUCAUCUCUGAAGGCUUUGCUCAACGCCGAAUCAGAGUGGUGGGUAUUGUGAAUACGGACUCGGGGAUAGGUGAUCGGCAAAGAUGUUGACAAAGUUUGAGACCAAGAGCAAUAGAGUGAAGGGCCUGAGUUUUCACAGCAAGAGACCAUGGAUCCUCGCGAGUCUUCACAGUGGCGUUAUCCAGCUAUGGGACUAUCGCAUGGGCACUCUAAUUGACAGAUUUGAUGAGCACGAUGGACCUGUACGGGGUGUCCAUUUCCACAAAACUCAGCCGUUGUUUGUUUCUGGAGGGGAUGAUUACAAGAUUAAAGUUUGGAACUACAAGAUGCAUAGGUGUCUGUUUACUCUUUUGGGGCACCUUGAUUAUAUCCGUACAGUGCAGUUUCAUCAUGAAUCCCCAUGGAUUGUGAGCGCCAGUGAUGAUCAGACUAUUCGCAUUUGGAACUGGCAGUCUCGCACCUGUGUGUCAGUCUUGACUGGACACAAUCAUUAUGUAAUGUGCGCAUCUUUCCACCCUAAAGAAGAUCUUGUUGUUUCUGCCUCUUUAGAUCAGACUGUUCGUGUUUGGGAUAUUAGUUCUCUUAAAAAGAAGACUGCCUCUCCUGCGGAUGACAUCCUCAGAUUGGGUCAGAUGAAUACAGAUCUUUUUGGUGGUAUUGAUGCUGUCGUCAAGUAUGUUUUAGAGGGUCAUGAUAGAGGAGUCAAUUGGGCCGCAUUUCAUCCCACACUUCCUCUCAUUGUCUCAGGAGCAGAUGAUCGGCAGGUUAAAUUAUGGAGAAUGAAUGAGACAAAGGCUUGGGAAGUGGACACAUUAAGGGGGCACACAAAUAAUGUAUCAUGUGUUAUGUUCCAUGCAAAACAGGACAUAAUUGUAUCCAAUUCUGAGGACAAAAGUAUUCGGGUUUGGGAUGUUACAAAGAGAACUGGAAUUCAAACUUUCCGUCGGGAGCAUGACCGGUUUUGGAUUCUGGCUGCACACCCUGAAGUGAACCUGUUGGCAGCUGGUCAUGAUAGUGGCAUGAUUGUCUUUAAGCUGGAGAGAGAGCGACCAGCAUUCUCAGUUAGUGGAGACUCCGUCUUUUAUACUAAAGAUAGAUUUUUGAGAUUCUAUGAAUUCUCAACUCAGAGAGAGUCACAAGUCCUUCCUAUUCGGCGACCUGGUUCUGUUAGCUUGAAUCAAAGUCCAAAGACACUUUCUUACAGUCCAACAGAAAAUGCUGUUCUUCUCUGCUCGGAUACAGAUGGGGGAACUUAUGAGUUGUAUGUCAUACCCAAGGAUAGCUUUGGUAGGGGAGAUGUGCAGGAUGCGAAGAGAGGCAUUGGAGGAUCUGCUGUAUUUGUGGCUCGCAACAGGUUUGCUGUGCUUGACAAAAGUAGCAACCAAGUUUUAUUGAAGAACUUGAAGAAUGAGGUUGUAAAGAAGAGUCCUCUCCCCCUUGCCACAGAUGCUAUAUUCUAUGCAGGGACAGGUAACUUGCUUUGCAGGGCAGAGGAUAAGGUUUUUGUAUUUGAUCUCCAGCAAAGGAUUGUUCUCGGUGAUCUUCAGACUCCUUUUGUCAAGUAUGUUGUUUGGUCAAAUGACAUGGAGAGCGUUGCUUUGCUAAGCAAACAUGCCAUUAUCAUUGCAAACAAGAAGCUUGUGCAUCAGUGCACUCUCCAUGAGACAAUCCGGGUGAAAAGUGGAGGCUGGGAUGAUAAUGGUGUUUUCAUUUACACAACUUUAAAUCACAUCAAGUACUGCCUACCCAAUGGAGAUAGUGGGAUAAUAAAAACACUAGAUGUCCCGAUUUAUAUCACAAAGGUUUCUGGAAAUACCAUCUUCUGUCUGGAUAGGGAUGGGAAGAACAGAUCUAUAGUUAUUGAUGCAACUGAGUACUUAUUCAAGCUUUCUUUGCUGAGGAAAAGGUAUGAUAAUGUUAUGAACAUGAUAAGAAACUCACAGCUUUGUGGGCAGGCAGUAAUUGCUUAUCUACAACAGAAAGGUUUUCCAGAAGUUGCUCUUCACUUUGUGAAGGAUGAGAGAACUCGGUUCAAUUUGGCUUUAGAGAGUGGGAACAUUCAAAUCGCAGUUGCAUCAGCUACAGCAAUUGAUGAAAAAGAUCACUGGUACAGGUUGGGAGUAGAGGCUCUUCGCCAGGGCAAUGCUGGUAUAGUAGAAUACGCUUACCAGAGGACUAAAAAUUUUGAGAGAUUGUCUUUCCUUUAUCUCAUAACUGGUAACAUGGAAAAGCUUUCUAAGAUGUUGAAAAUUGCUGAAGUAAAGAAUGAUGUUAUGGGUCAGUUUCACAAUGCCUUAUAUAUGGGUGAUGUUCGUGAACGCGUUAAGAUUUUGGAGAGUGUGGGCCAUUUGCCUCUGGCCUACGUCACUGCUUCAAUCCAUGGUUUACAUGAUGUUGCUGAACGACUAGCAGCUGAACUAGGGGAUAAUGUUCCAUCUUUACCUGAGGGAAAAGUACCUACUCUCAUGAUGCCACCAUCCCCGGUCAUGUGUGGUGGUGAUUGGCCCCUUCUUAGGGUCAUGCGAGGUGUAUUUGAUAAUGGACUUGACAAUAUUGGUCGGGGUGGUGCUGAUGAAGAGUAUGAAGCUGAUGAGGCUGAUUGGGGUGAGGAGCUUGAUUUAGUUGAUGAAGACGGCCUACAGAACGGGGAUGUUACUGCAACUUUGGAGGAUGAAGCAGCUGAAGUUGAUGAUGAAGAAGGCGGAUGGGAGCUUGAAGAUCUUGAACUUCCUCCUGAAGCAGAAACCCCCAAGAUUUCUGCAAAUGCUCGCUCUGCAGUUUUUGUGGCUCCAACUCCUGGCAUGCCAGUGAGCCAAAUAUGGAUCCAAAAGUCAUCCCUCGCAGCUGAACAUGCUGCUGCCGGCAAUUUUGAUACUGCAAUGCGGUUGCUAAACAGGCAGCUCGGCAUUAGAAAUUUUGGCCCUUUAAAACCUCUGUUUCUUGAUCUUCAUACUGGAAGCUAUUCAUAUCUGCGUGCAUUUUCAUCAACUCCGGUGAUUUCUCUUGCAGUUGAGAGAGGAUGGAGUGAGUCUGCCAGCCCUAACGUUAGGUGUCCACCAGCUCUCGUGUUCAAUUUCUCUCAAUUGGAAGAGAAACUCAAAGCUAGUUACAAGGCAACAACAGCUGGGAAAUUCACUGAGGCUCUUCGGCUUUUCACUAGCAUUCUUCAUACUAUUCCUGUGGUGGUGGUUGAGUCAAGAAGGGAAGUUGAUGAAGUAAAGGAGUUAAUUAUUAUAGUUAAGGAAUAUGUUUUGGGUCUUCAAAUGGAGCUGAAAAGACGAGAAAUGAAGGAUAAUCCAGUACGCCAGCAAGAACUCGCUGCAUAUUUCACUCACUGCAACCUUCAAACUCCUCAUUUGAGGCUUGCCCUACUGAAUGCUAUGAGUGUCUGCUACAAGGCUAAAAACCUUGCCACAGCUGCAAAUUUUGCCCGGAGGCUACUUGAAACCAAUCCAACCGUUGAAAACCAAGCUAAGACAGCGAGACAAGUACUAGCUGCUGCAGAAAAGAAUAUGACUGAUACUACAGAGUUGAACUAUGAUUUCCGAAACCCAUUUGUGAUCUGUGGUGCAACAUAUGUGCCAAUCUAUCGAGGACAGAAGGAUGUCUCUUGCCCUUACUGUAGUUCCAGGUUCGUGCCAAGCCAAGAGGGUCAGUUAUGUACUGUUUGUGAUCUUGCAGCCAUAGGUGCAGAUGCUUCUGGUUUACUCUGUUCCCCUUCCCAAGUGCGGUGAUCAAACUACUGUGCUAGGACCUGGUUUCAACAUUAGUUUUGGGUCACUUUUUUUAAGGAGUGCGAUUUGUUGGUCCAUCAGUUUUUAAGCAGGUAAAGAUAAUUGAUAGCAAUGAAGGACUUGUUUUUGUGUAUCUCCUUUUUGAGUUUGUCUUCUUUUUCCUCUCAUUUAGUUGAUUUUGAUUUUUAUUAUAAGACGCAUACUUCAGUUCUUUAACUGUUGCCUAUUGUUGUUAGUUUAUGGGCGAGAGUACUCGCCUUUUGCUUAUGUUAUUACAACAGGGAGGACAAAUGUACUUCUGAAUGCAUGCGGACAUCAUUGGCCACUUGCUUCUUAUUUCUGUGAUAAACUGGGGGUCCUUAUUGAUUGGCUAUGACAUAAAUAUUUUACGUUGAA